AUGGAUAAAGGAAAACAAAUAAAGCUCAAGAGAGACCUUGGAUAUUUCUGGGGGGUCAAUUUUCUAAUUAUUAAUAUAAUUGGUGCAGGAAUUUUUGUAUCCCCCAAGGGGGUGCUGGAGUACUCUUGCAUGAAUGUGGGAGUCUCCUUGUGUAUUUGGGCUGCCUGUGCGGUGCUGUCCAUGACCAGCACUCUCUGCUACGCAGAGAUAGGGAUAGCCUUCCCAUACAGUGGGGCUCACUACUAUUUCAUCAGGAGAUGCUUCGGCCCUUUCAUGGCCUUCUUGAAUCUUUGGACCUUCUUGUUUCUGGGCCCAGGGCUAACUGCCAGUCAAGCACUGCUACUCGCCGAGUAUGGCAUUCAGCCUUUCUAUCCCAGCUGUUCUGCUCCCAAUCUACCAAAGAAAUGCCUUGCCCUGGCGGUGCUGUGGAUUGUGGGAAUUCUGAAUUCUCGCGGUGUGAAAGAGCUGUCAUGGCUUCAGACAGUGAGUACCGUGCUGAAGAUGGGCAUACUGGGCAUCAUUUCCCUCAGUGGCGUGUUCAUGCUGGUGAGAGGGAAGAAGGAUACUGUGGGAAGACUUCAGAAUGCUUUUGAUGCAGAGUUUCCAGAGAUCUCCCAGAUAACAGAAGCCUUCUUCCAAGGAUACUUUGCAUUUUCAGGCGGGGAAUGCUUUACAUAUGUAGCAGGAGAACUGAAGAAACCCAAUAAAACUAUUCCUAGAUGUAUAUUUACAGCACUGCCUUUGAUAACUGUGGUAUAUUUACUGGCUAACAUUUCCUACUUGAUGGUUCUGACUCCCAGAGAAAUCCUCUCAACAGAUGCUGUGGCUAUUAUAUGGACUGACAGAGUUUUUCCACGAUUAACAUGGACUGUUCCCUUUGCUAUUUCUGCCUCACUGUUUAGCAACCUUGUGAUUAAUGUACUGGAGUCAUCAAGAGUGUCCUAUACUGCAGGCGACCAAGGCCAGCUGCCCUUGAUGUUUAGUACCCUUAAUGUUCACUCAUCCCCCUUCAUAGCUGUGCUUCUAAAUGUCGGUAUGGGAUCCAUUGCAAUCGUCUUAACAAACUUAAUUGAACUGAUCAACUAUCUUUAUUUUAUGGAUUCAAUUUGGACUAUGUUAUCCAUGAUAGGAAUCCUGAAAUUGAGGUACCAGGAGCCCAAUCUACACAGACCUUAUAAGGUAUUUUUGCCAUUCACAAUCAUAGCAAUGGCCAUCAGCCUGUGCUUGGUCUUGAUUCCCCUUGUCAAGUCUCCAAAGAUGCAUUACAUCUAUGUGCUCCUCUUCCUUCUCAGUGGACUGCUGUUUUACGUGCCAUUGAUACACUUUAAAGUGAAGUUGGUUUGGUUUGAGAAGCUGACCUGCUAUCUGCAAUUACUGUUUAAUAUUUGCAUCCCUGAUAUAUCUGAUAAACAGACACCCUCAUUUUAA